CAACGGGCACGCCCCACCCACCACCACAAACCAAGUCCACCCCCGGCAAAGCAAAACCAACGCGAAGGACUCGCUCCGCGUGUUUUUGCAGUGUAUUCACAUAGUUAACUAACAUAAAACAAACAACAAACAAACAAAAACAAAAUGAGCAAGUUCGCUUGGGUUACGCUGACCACAAAUGACACGUACUCGCUGGGCGCCUUGGUGCUGGCACAUUCGCUGAAGCGAGCGGGCACCGCCCACCAGCUGGCGGUGCUGGUGACGCCCACCGUGUCGGAGGCGAUGCGCGACAGACUGAAGGACGUGUACAAUGUUGUACAAGAGGUUAACGUACUCGACUCACAGGACGCCGCCAAUCUGGCUCUGCUCUCCCGUCCCGAACUGGGCGUCACCUUCACAAAGCUCCACUGCUGGCGUCUCGUGCAGUUCGAGAAGUGUGUCUUCCUCGAUGCCGAUACACUGGUACUGAAAAACUGCGAUGAGCUGUUCGAACGCGAGGAACUGUCCGCUGCUCCAGAUGUCAGCUGGCCCGAUUGCUUCAACUCCGGCGUGUUUGUCUUCACACCCAGCGUGGAGACGUUCAACAAGAUCACAGAGUACGCCGUCCAGCACGGCAGUUUCGAUGGCGGCGAUCAGGGAUUGUUGAAUCAAUACUUUGCCGAUUGGUCGACCGCAGACAUCAAGAAGCAUUUGCCAUUCGUCUACAACGUGACUGCCUAUGCUUCCUACUGCUAUUUGCCCGCAUUCAAACAAUUCAGAGAUAAAAUUAAGAUUUUGCAUUUUGCUGGCAAACUGAAGCCCUGGUUGUUACAGUUCAAUUCGGAGACGAAAACCGUUUCAACGCCCACCGAUUACGCACACGCCCAGGAUCUGAUUCAACACUGGUGGAACAUCUUCUGUGAUAGUGUGCAUGACUCGCUCAGCGAUCAAAUGUGUCUUUGCUUAAACAUAAUCCACUCGACGAGCUACAAUGAAUAUCAUUACGAUAUGGACAGCUACUAUUACGAGCACUGCAACAACCACUAUCAUCGAGAGCAGCAACCACACGAACAGCAGCCGAUACAACAAUAUGUGCCAGACGUGCGAGAAUAUCGUGAUCCAUGGGCAGAUUACUAUGAGCAGGCGGAGCGGCAAGAAGAGAAUGAAUCGCAAACAGAGUUCAGACACAAUGAAUAUGCGAGUGGCCAUCACCAGCAACAGCAGCAGCAUGAAGAGUGCAGACCCACAUCACCACAAGCACCACCACCACAAGAACCACCACAAGCACCACCUCAAGCACCUUCACCACAAUUACCAUCCACUGCCAAUGAAGACUCCAUAGCAAUAGAUGUAAAUAGCAAUGUACAUGCAACUGAGCAAUCGCCCACCAACAACAGCAACAACAACAACACUUCCCACGCACACUCUGAACACCACCAAAACUACCAAAACCACCAAGAACACCACCACCCAGAGAAUGCGACACAAAACCCAUCAGACCACAGUCAAGUCGAUGAAGUUGCCGAUGAUGCAGAUGAGGCUGGCCUUGCCGGCGCCUUGUCACAGCUGCGCAUUGGCGCUCAGCGCACACCCGAGCAGGAGCAAUACGAGAAUCUGAUGCGUCGCCAGUGCUGGGAAUCGGGACAGAUCGAUUACUCGGGCGCCGAUUCGUUCGAUAACAUCUGGAAGAAGAUCACGCAGACGCUGGAGGCGAAGCCCGAGACAAGCUCUGAGGCUGAUCAAACUGAUAUCGAUAGCGAUAACGAUAACACGCUAGCCACUAACAAACUGCUUACACAAACCGCUAUCGAGCUGCUGCAGCAAAAGCCCCAGACGCCUACGCCUAAGCCUGCUGCCACGCCCACAAACAAAAGCAGUAACAGUAACAGUAACAACUCGAGUUCCGGCUCAAAUCCCAGCUCAAGUUCAAGUGCAACAACCACUAACAAGCGGUCAACUGGGACAGCAACAGCAGCAGUUGUAGUUGCAGCUGCCUCACCACAAGUUGCCGCCGCUGCUGUUGCAACUAACAAACUUUCAACUAACGCACAGAAAGCCGACAUCGUCCCAGUUGAGCAACAACAAUCGACAGCGAAAGCAAUACCGAAAGCAACAGCAACAGCAGCAACAACAACAACAUCGCCAGCAACAUCGACGAUAGUAAAGCCGCAACGUGUCCAGGCGCCGUCGCAAUCAACGCAACCGCAGCAGCAACCACAGCAACAGCAACCACAACAGCAGCAGCAGCACAUCCUGGCGAGUGCUGCACCCACAAAGCCCAGCCGCCAGAAGACGUUGCGUAAGUUGAAAUAACAAUUACUGCAACUGCUGUUGCACUACAGCUGCCUGCCCCAUUUGGCGACAAAGUCGGGCAAGCUGCUCACACAGCAACUGGAGUCCUACAAUGCAACCCAAUCCCCGCCAGAGCCUGUGCACGUCUAACUGGAGAGCAACCACAACGGAAAGUACAAACAAAUAAUCGAGAAAAAAGGAAAACUAACGAAAUUUUGCUGUAUAAAGUGCUUUGAUAAUAACCAAAAAAAAAACAACAAAACAAUGAUAAAAACCAACUGCGCCUUAGAUAAAACUAAUUUAGGAUUAUGAAAGGUUACCCCUUGCCCUAUGUUUAAAGAAUGACCCCCAAGUGCUUGCAACUAACUAAUUGCCACAACAACAAACACACAACAUCACAGACAGACUAGCGACCGUUAAUGUUUUCAGAGUGGUCCAAGAGCUGCGCUCCACAAACACAUAUUCACACACUCACACACGCAAAUUACUCACAUAUUGUACACUCUAUUCCACUCACUAAACAACACUUUGC